CAAAGUGCUCGCGGAUAGCAGCUCAGUAGCGUUUUGAUCGUCGAGAUGCCGAGAUUGUUGAGCAAGUGCAGCGUUGCCGCUUUUUGGGCGCCUGCAGUGCUCCUUUUUGUGCUAAGUGAAUUGGGAAGUUCAAACGGAGCCACCACCACCAGCACCACCACGCAAUUGGGUGGCUAUUGCAAGGCUUCACUGUGCGAGUUGUACAACGGAACGCAUGUGGUGCACGUACCGCACACCGCCUGUGGCAAUGAUGGCAGCUUCUCCGCCGCCUGUGGACCGGAACCCAAGCUCCUGGAAAUGAGCGAACGGCGACGACAACUUCUGCUCGACAUGCACAACUUGGCCAGAUCGAAGAUCGCCAGCGGGGAUCUGGCUGGCUAUCAGAGUGCCGCCCACAUGCCACUCCUGCGAUGGGACAACGAACUGGAGCAGAUGGCCGCCCUUCAUGCGAAGCGGUGCCAGUUCGCCCACGACAAGUGCCGCAAUACGCCGCGCUUCAAGUUCAGCGGCCAGAAUAUCGGAUACUUCUGGAUCGGACGGGAGUUCAAGUCGCACUCGCGGCGCAUGAAGUCCUUUGUGAUCAACUGGUUCCGGGAGUACCAGGAUGCCAAUCAGACCUUCAUCGACAGAUAUCGACCACAUCCGCAGGGCAAGAAAAUUGGUCACUUUACCCUCUUGGUUUCGGAUCGAGUGCAUCGCGUUGGAUGCGCCGGUGUUCGCUUUCUGGAGCCCAAAUCGAAUCGGUUCCAGUUCAUGCUGACUUGCAACUACGACUACAACAACAUAUUCAACGAACCAAUUUACCAACCCGGUCCGGCGGGCUCCAAAUGCCUCCAGCAUCGGAUCAGCGAAAAGUUCCCUGGACUCUGCGACUGGCGUGAUGCCAACAGCGACAAUGAAAGUGAGGAGAGCGCCGAAGACGACAACGCCCUGGACAACAACAUACCCCUGUGAAGUUCCCUGAUUUCUAGGAAUAGGAAACAAUACUCGUACUCGUACUCUGAACAGCACAGCCACCUGGAAAAAGUUACAAACCAUAAAUUUUUUUUUCGUAGUGCUUAGGCCAUUUAAGAAUCUUUAAAGAAAUUAUGCAUUUUUGUUAUGCAAGCUGUAGGAUCUACGGUUGUUGAGUGUUUAUUAGAAUACAAAUGUACAUGAACUAA